AUGAAGUGUUUUGAGAGACUGGUCUCACAGCACAUCAGAGUCAGCCUCCCUCCCUCCUUCGACCCACAUCAGUUUGCUUACAGAGCUACUGAAGAUGCCAUCACUGAAGAUGCCAUCACAGCUCUGCUGAGUGCCAUCACCACAGCUCUUCACACAACACUGAGUCACUUAACGGGGAACUAUAUAAAGGACUUACUCACUAACUGCCCACAAACUGUUAAACUUGGCCCCCACCUCUCCUCCGCCCUCAUGCUCAGCACUUGCUCUCCACAAGGCUCUGUGCUGAGUCCAUUUCUCUAUGCUCUAUACACCUGUGACUGCACUCCAACCCAUCCCACUAACACCAUCAUUAGAUUCGUGGAUGACACCACUGUGGUCGGCCUUAUCACAGGAGGAGAUGAGUUGGCCUACAGAGAUGAGCGGUUGUUAGAAGGCACAGCAGCAACUACACUUCCUGAGAGUGCUCAGGAAAAUAGGCUUGAAGAAAAGCUGCUGGUGGCCUUCUACCGCUCCGCCAUCAAGAGCGUACUGGCGGACUGCAUCUCAGCAUGGCACGCUGGCUGCUCAGCAGCAGCAGACAGGAGAGCUCUUCAGAGGGCCAUCAACACUGCACAGAAAAUGCUCGGCUGCCCUCUGCCCUCCCUGGAAGACAUUUCCAGCUCCCGCUGCCUCAGCAGAGCCAAGAACAUUUUAAAAGACACUUCUCAUCCUGGACACCACCUGUUUGACCUGAUGCCCUCUGGCAGCCUCAUACCCUUGAAAGCACCAGGCUUCACACUGUCUCGCUGCCGUCUCACGCCUCUAGCCAUCUCUAUGCCCCCUUUUCCCCUGCCCCCUGGCUGCACCCUGGCCCAGCCUUACGGCCUGCCAGCUUCGUUCGGAGGGAUGUGCCCUCCUUCCUGCUGUCCCCCUGAGCAGAAUGAGGGCACGGUGAGGGACUAUGAGUGUGUAUGUGUUGGAGCAUCGUGCAGCAGUGGGGCGCAGUGUUUUGGCCAGCAGUGCUUCGCUUCCCUCUCGAUCCUGAAUGGGACAUCAGUCCAACAGAAGGGCUGCAUUGUCGAUAGCGGAGGAGAGACGCCAAUAAGUUGUGGGGUCUCGCCAACCCCUGAGCUGGUGGUAGAGUGCUGCCAAGGCCAUCUGUGUAAUAUGAACGUUACGGUGGAGCCACCAGUAAUAAGAGAUGUUGAAGUGUCCUCUGGCAGACCGGUCCUUCGAGACCAGCAGUGUGUGUGUGGCGGUGGUGUGUGUGAGCAUGGUGAGCGCUGUACGGGCCAGCAGUGUUUCUCGUCCCUGAAGAUGAUUGACGGAGCGGCUGUCCAGCAGAAGGGCUGCCUGAGAGACGAUGAGGAGGGCAGAGCCACCUGCGCCACACCGCCCUCGCCAUCCCAUGUUGUCAAGUGCUGCCAGGGCCAUCUGUGUAACAUGAACGUCACUGUGCAAGCGCCAGGAAAAGAAGAGGAAGUCAAACCUCCGUCAAAGGAGGAGCAUGAGUGUGUAUGCGAGGGCAGCUCAUGUGUGACCGGGACACGCUGUAUGGGCCACCAGUGUUUCACGUCUUUGACUGUGAAUGCUGGCUCCCUGGCAUACCAGAAAGGCUGCUUCAAGGUGUAUGAGCAGAGCAGGUUGACCUGCAAGACCCCACCCUCCAGGGACCAGAUCGUCGAAUGUUGCCAUGGCCACCUGUGUAACAUGAACCGCACCGUGGAGCUGCCCGUCCAAGCAAGCGAUCUGCCCAAUUACAGUGUGACCACUCUGGCUAUCGUCAUCGUGGCCCCUGUCAUCGUCCUAAUCGUCCUGUCCGCAAUCGCCAUCCUGGUCUUCAGACGCAUUCAUCACAACCAAAUGGAGAGGCUAACGGCCCGAGAUGCCGAAUACGGAACCAUCGAUGGCCUCAUUGCCUCCAAUGUGGGAGAGAGCACCCUGGCGGAUCUGCUAGAUCAUUCCUGCACUUCAGGAAGUGGCUCCGGACUACCCUUCCUCGUCCAGAGAACCGUGGCUCGGCAAAUCACGCUCUGCGAGUGCGUGGGUAAGGGGCGUUACGGUGAGGUGUGGAGGGGUCUGUGGCAGGGAGAGAGUGUUGCUGUCAAGAUCUUUUCCUCCAGAGAUGAGAAGUCCUGGUUCAGAGAGACUGAGAUUUACAACACAGUGCUACUAAGACACGAGAACAUCCUUGGCUUUAUAGCUUCAGACAUGACCUCCAGGAACUCCAGUACUCAGCUGUGGCUCAUCACCCACUUCCAUGAGAUGGGCUCUCUGUACGACUACCUUCAGCUCAGCACCCUAGACGCCUCCAGCUGUCUCCGCAUGGCGCUCUCCAUAGCCAGCGGCUUGGCACACCUACAUGUCGAGAUCUUCGGCACCCAGGGCAAACCAGCCAUCGCCCACAGAGACCUCAAGAGCAAAAAUAUACUGGUCAACAAGAACGGACAGUGCUGCAUCGCCGACCUGGGUCUGGCCGUGAUGCAUUUCCAAGACACCAACGAGUUAGACGUAGGGAACAACCCUAAAGUAGGUACGAAGCGCUACAUGGCCCCAGAGGUGCUGGAUGACUCCAUCCAGACAGACUGCUUCGAGUCCUACAAGAGAGUGGACAUCUGGGCUCUGGGUCUGGUCCUGUGGGAAAUCGCCAGGAGGACGGUCAGCAAUGGCAUUGUGGAGGACUACAAGCCGCCUUUCCAUGACGUGGUGCCCAGUGACCCCAGCUUUGAGGAUAUGAAGAAGGUUGUAUGUGUGGACCAGCAGAGGCCCAACAUCCCAAACAGAUGGUUCUCAGAUCCGACUUUAACCUCGAUGGCUAAACUUAUGAAGGAGUGCUGGUACCAGAAUCCAUCAGCGAGGUUAACGGCGUUACGCAUCAAAAAGACUCUGACAAAGAUUGACAACUCUCUGGACAAAAUCAAAACAGACAUUUGAGCCUUCUCGAUGGAGGCGAGGCAGGAACGCCAAAGGCCUUCUAAAACGUCCAGAAGCCGGACCAUCUAGAAAACUCAUACAAGAGACUGGAUGGGCUCAGUGCCCUUAUAGUGGCACAUUGUAUUUAUUUAAAAAAAGAAAAAACUUGGUGGGAAACAUUUUGGCAUCCAAAGAUGGCUUACAGGGCAUUUGUGAAACUGCCGGUGAUCUUGGAUAUUAGGAUACUGUCUGCACACCCGAAGGCGUAGGAGCUGAACUGCUUGCAGCAUUUUUUUUCAGGAAGAAACUGUUACCUGGGCAUUUCAGUAGGCUUGUGUUUGUUUAAAGCUGCAGAUCCCAUUUGACACAUUUUGAAUUUGAAAAAUAAAAUGUCUUGACGUAUUUUAUUUAGCUAUAUCACUAUCAGUUUUUUUUAUUGCACUGGCAGUCCUUGCAUUCUUUAUUUGCAUAGUAGUGGAUGCACCUUGGAAAAAAAAUUCAACUCGCCAAGUCAACCUGCCAACUACAUACUCCUCCUUUUCUUGAACAGCUAUAAGUGCGAAUAGCAAAACGGUGUUAUGGUUUAACGUGACUGCACCACUGUUUACAAUUCUGUCAGAACGUCAUCAAUAGUUUUAACAUUAUUUAGUUGUACAACUGCGGUUAUAGACAAUCUUCUCCUGAGAUGUCCGACUAAACGUACCCUGUUGCUAAACAUAUGUAUAUCACAGUGUAUUUUACAUUGCGUUAUGUACCUGUUCUAUGUAUUGUUUCUUUUAGCCUUACACAGACAAACGCUAAAAGUACAAAUAAAAUAUUUGCUAGACAAUGCUGAAUUCUAUUUCUUCAGGAGCCUUGUGAAGCUACGCUGUCUUCAUGCGUGCAUUGUUGUCUUAAUAAUGUGCAUUGUCUUAAGUAAUUGAAGUCAAACUUCAGCCUUUUUUAUUUCUUUAAUAUUUUAUAUCAAUUAGUGAUUUCUAUUAAUUAAAUAGAAAAAAAUCGU